AUGGCAUGGGAGGAGGAUCGAGUGGUGGGUCUUCAGGAUCAAAGAGCAUCAUGGGAGGUGGAAGCAGUGGGGGAUCAUCCGGAUGCUGUAGUGGAGGAUCCAGUGGUGGGUCUUCAGGAGGCAAGAUCAUCAUUGGUGGUGGAGGUAGUGGAGGUUCCUCUGGAUGCUGCAGUGGAGGAUCCAGCUAUGGCAUGGGAGGAGGAUCGAGUGGUGGGUCUUCAGGAACAAAGAUCAUCAUUGGUGGUGGAGGUAGUGGAGGUUCCUCUGGAUGCUGCAGUGGAGGAUCCAGCUAUGGCAUGGGAGGAGGAUCGAGUGAUUUAUCACUGCCUCCGGAGGAGAUGCCCCCGGCGGAACAGGGGCUACAGCGAUGAGAUUUCCUCACACCACAGAGGACACUGCAGUAGCGGUGGGAGUUUCCCAACCCUCCAGGGACAUGGUUCCUUCUUCUGUGGUGGGGACGGCUCAGUCACCUACAGCUGCAGCCGGGGACCUUCAUUCUGCCAGCCCAUGCCAAGAUCAUCCACCUACAGCAUUGAAGGGGGGUACAGAUGUGGCGGUGAGGGAUCUGUUGCAAUAAGCAGUGGUGAUAGCGGGGGAACGUCUCGCUGGGGCAUUGCAGGGGGGACAGUCCCAGUCUACGGCCCAGGGAGCGCAAUAGGGUGCGGCAGUGAGGACAUCAUUGAGAGCUCUGGGGGUGGUGGAGGAUCCAGCUGCCACAGUGGGAAAUUGGGCAUCACUGAGGGAGGAGGCUCCAGAUACGGAUACGAUGCGUCACCGAGAGAAAAGGCCUUAACAACAUAUGGGGGCAGUGGUGGGUCAGGCUCCUACAUCGGAGGAUCGGGCUAUGGCAUGGGGGGAUGCUCAGGCCCAGAGCUCAGCUCUGGAGGUGGUGGGUUCUCCCAGGCCAUGCAGCAGAAAUGCCCCGUGGUCGUCCCCACCGUGGAGACCCAGCAGAGCAAGCAGACCAGCCACUGGCCUCCCAGCCAGAAGAAGUGA